CUGAAAAUGAAGCACAAGAAGCAUAAGGAUAAAUCUAAACAUGAAAGAAAAAAAUUAAAGAAGAGAGACAAAAAGAAACAUAGAUCUCAGAAGCAUAAUGAAUCAAAUUCAAGCAAUAGUAGUAGCGAAGAAGAGCAGCAAUGGGUAGAAAAACCAGUAGCUGACACUAGCUUGUUAGAACAAAAUGUAGCUGGUAAAUCGGAUGAACAAACACCUCUUAAAAGGGAGGAUUGGAUGAAUAUAAAAAAUGUAUUUCCAUGUGUAUUUAAUGAAAAAUCCGUGUCUACUAAUACUGGAAAGAAUGAUGAUAAACCAAAUUUGGAUAUAUUAGGUCAAACUAAUAAAGAAUUAAAUCCAUAUUGGAAAAAUGGUGGUACUGGUCUACCUGAAGAAAAUUCUGCAAAAGCUGAACCAGUAAUGGAUGUAAAUUGGUUAAGGAAAAGUCUUCAGCGAGCAAAAGAACAAGCAAUAAGUGAAGGUAGAAGUUUAGAAGAAAUUGCAGCUGAAAGAUGGGGUUCUUUGGAAACUAUACAAUUAAUGAUAUCCAAAGCAGAAGAUGCAUUGGACAAAAAAAAGUAUGGACAUAGAAGGAACACUACUGAAAGACAUAAAGAUAAUAGACAAUUUUCCCAUCACUCUUCAAAAUGGAGGAAAGAUGAAUAUUAUACAACUAAAUCUAAAAAUUCAGACAAAAAUGAACAAUAUAGAAAACAUGAUAAUUUUCAUUAUAAAAAACAACAGGAAUAUAAAAAACCUAUGAAUGAUGAUUGUUACAAAAAUGUUGCUAAACAUAACACAAACUAUUUUAGUAAAAGGAAUUGGCAAAAAGAGAAAACAUUACAGAAAAAGGAAGAAAAUCUGGUGGAUUCAAGUACCCCUAAGUUACAGGAUAUUGACCCUCAAAAUAGCAUCAACACAGAUAAUGAUGGAACUGAAGAAAUUAAACCUUUAACAGAAGCAGAAAUGAACAAACUGGGAGCAAAGAUUGUUAAAGCUGAAAUAAUGGGUAAUACUGAACUUGCGAAUGAAUUAAAAGAUCAGUUGAACAAAGCUAGAGAACUUACAAAGAGUGUUAAAUCGCAUAAUAAAGAAAAAGUUCAAAAUGUAAUCCUUACUCAAACUGAUUCUAAAGGAGUUACAAGACCAUUGGAGCCUAGAAAUCAGAUUCCAGAAUCUUCUAAACAUAUUAAACGAAAAAAUGUAGAAACUUAUGAUUUUGGAAAGAAAGUGCGACAUUAUUUCGACGAUGAUAAAUAUUCAUUACAACAACUGUUCCAACGAGAAAAAGGACGUUGUACAAACGAGGAUGAUGCUGCACUUAUGAAGGUUGCUUCUAAAAACAUGGACAUGGAUGAAAUAUUUGAGGAACAAAUUACUCGGGUUAAAUCAGAUGCAGAACGUGAUGACAAAGAUCGUUCAGUCGCAAUUGAAGAACACAAACGUUUAUCAAGAAGUUUGGACAACUGUCACUGGUGUAUUGAUUCAAAAUACAUGUUGAAACAUAUGAUUGUUACAAUGAAUUCUGAAAUUUGUUUAAGUCUACCUCGAUAUACUUCUUUGACCGUCGGGCAUUGUAUACUAACACCUGUCCAACACAUUCCAUGUCAAUUACAAUUAGAUGAGAAUAUUUGGGAAAAAUUAAAGAUGUUCAAAGGGAUUUUAUACAAAAUGUUUUUGGACCAAAACCAGUAUCCAAUAUUUUAUGAAAUUUACACCAAUCGACACAAGUUUUUCCACAUGCAAUUACAAUGUGUCCCAUUACCAAAAGAAAUUGGUGAAUUAGCGCCGAUAUAUUUCAAAAAAGCCUUAUUAGAGUGUGAAACAGAAUGGUCAGUAAAUAAAAAAGUUGUUAGUCUUGAAAACAAAGAUCUACGUCACGCUAUUCCAAAUGGACUAUCGUAUUUUAUGGUGGAAUUUGAAAAAAAUAAAGGAUAUGCUCAUGUCAUUGAGGACGAGCGUGCUUUUCCAAAAAAUUUUGCAGAGGAGAUUAUAGGUGGAAUGUUAGAUAUGGAUCAUGAUAUAUGGCGGAAACCCAGAAAAGAAAAUUUUGAUCAACAACGUGAAAAAGUUUUAAAAUUUUCAGAAAUAUGGAAGAACUAUGAGCUUGAAAUAAAUAAUAAAGAUUAACAUUCAACAAGGAAGUUUAACGUACAUAUAAUACUACAUGUGUACAGAUGUAUGUAUAUUAUACAAAACUUAAUGAAAGAAAAUUAGAACUUA